AUGUGGGUAUGUGUUGGCUCGCGGUUUCUGCGUGGACGCGCUCGGUCCGCACAGAGGCCGGGCGGUGAGCGCGUCCAGCAGGCGCAGGGUGGGCUCUCUGCGGGGCGGGAGCCUGAAGACCCCGCUGUGAACAUGCCUCUGUCCUUUCAGACCAUCAUCAAGGAGGGGAUGCUGGCCAAGCAGAACAGUUCAUUCCAGCGGUCCAAGAGGCGCUACUUCAAGCUUCGCGGCCGGACGCUGUAUUACGCCAAAACCUCCAAGUCCAUCAUUUUUGAUGAAGUUGAUCUGACAGACGCAAGCGUGGCCGAGUCCAGCACCAAAAACGUGAACAACAGCUUUACGGUUAUCACUCCGUGCCGGAGGCUCAUCUUGUGUGCUGACAACAGGAAGGAGAUGGAGGAUUGGAUCGCGGCACUGAAGACCGUGCAGAACAAGGAGCAUUUUGAGCCCUCACAGUACAGCGUGGACCACUUCUCAGGGAUGCACAACUGGUUCGCCUGCUCCCAUGCCCGGCCCACCUACUGCAACGUGUGCCGGGAGGCGCUGUCUGGGGUCACCUCCCACGGGCUGUCCUGCGAGGUGUGCAAAUUUAAGGCCCACAAGCGCUGUGCUGUGCGUGCAACCAACAACUGCAAGUGGACCACACUGGCCUCCAUCGGGAAGGACAUCAUCGAGGACGAAGAUGGGAUCGCCAUGCCCCACCAGUGGCUGGAAGGGAACCUCCCCGUCAGUGCCAAGUGUACAGUGUGUGACAAGACCUGUGGCAGCGUGCUGCGUCUGCAGGACUGGCGCUGCCUCUGGUGCAAGGCCAUGGUGCACACAGCAUGCAAGGAGUCCCUGGUGACCAAGUGCCCGCUGGGCCUGUGCAAAGUGUCGGUCAUCCCCCCCACGGCGCUCAACAGCAUUGAUUCGGACGGCUUCUGGAAGGCCACAUGCCCCCCUUCUUGUACAAGCCCCUUGUUGGUCUUUGUCAACUCCAAAAGUGGCGACAACCAGGGGGUGAAGUUCCUUCGAAGGUUCAAGCAGCUACUGAACCCCGCCCAGGUCUUCGACCUCAUGAACGGAGGGCCACACCUCGGCUUGCGAUUAUUCCAGAAGUUUGACACGUUCCGGAUCCUGGUGUGUGGUGGGGAUGGCAGUGUUGGCUGGGUCCUGUCUGAAAUCGACAGCCUCAAUCUUCAUAAACAGUGUCAGCUGGGCGUGCUGCCCCUGGGGACCGGGAAUGACCUGGCGCGAGUCUUGGGCUGGGGCUCAGCCUGUGAUGAUGACACGCAACUGCCCCAGAUCCUGGAGAAGCUGGAGCGGGCCAGCACCAAGAUGCUGGACAGGUGGAGUAUCAUGGCGUACGAGACCAAGCUCCCGAGGCAGGCCUCCUCGUCCACCGUCACCGAGGACUUCAGCGAGGACUCCGAGGUGCAGCAGAUCCUUGUCUACGAAGAUUCCGUCGCAGCCCAUCUCUCUAAGAUCCUGACCUCUGACCAGCACUCGGUGGUGAUCUCCUCAGCUAAAGUGCUCUGUGAGACCGUGAAGGACUUUGUGGCUCGUGUGGGGAAGGCCUAUGAGAAAACCACCGAGAGCUCCGAGGAGUCGGAGGUCAUGGCCAAGAAGUGCUCGGUCCUGAAGGAGAAGCUGGACUCUCUCCUCAAGACCUUGGACGACGAGUCCCAGGCCUCCUCGUCACUGUCGAACCCGCCGCCCACCAUCGCUGAAGAGGCCGAGGACGGGGACGGGCCUGGCAGCGUGUGCAGCUCGUCCGGGGACCGUGCCGUGUGCCCCACGCGGCCGCAGAUCUUCCGGCCUCGCGAGCAGCUCAUGCUCCGGGCCAACAGCCUGAAGAAGGCCAUCCGCCAGAUCAUCGAGCACACGGAGAAAGCUGUGGACGAGCAGAAUGCCCAGACGCAGGAGCAGGAAGGCUUCGUCUCUGCCCUCGCUGAGUCGGAGGAGAAGAAGGACCUGAAGACAGAUGACAGAGUUGGCCCGGCCCCUCCCAGCGAGAACUGUGGGGUCUCCAAAGGCAGGAGCCACCGCAAAGUGUGCAAGUCCCCAUGUGAGAAGCUGAUGUCCAAAGGAAGCCUGUCCCUAGGUAGCUCAGCGUCUCUCCCUCCUCAGGCCGGAAGUCGGGACACCCUGCCAGCCCUGAACACAAAGAUCCUGUAUCCACAUGUUCGAGCUGGGAUGUCUGGUUCAUUGCCGGGAGGUUCUGUCAUCAGUCGACUCCUGAUCAAUGCGGACCCCUUCAACUCUGAGCCAGAAAACCUAGAGUAUUACACCGAGAAGUGUGUCAUGAACAACUACUUCGGCAUCGGCCUGGAUGCCAAGAUCUCCCUGGACUUCAACAACAAGCGUGACGAACACCCAGAGAAGUGCAGGAGUCGGACCAAGAACAUGAUGUGGUACGGGGUCCUGGGGACCAAGGAGCUGCUGCACAGAACCUACAGGAACCUGGAGCAGAAGGUGCUGCUGGAGUGUGACGGACGACCCAUCCCGCUCCCCAGUCUUCAGGGGAUUGCCGUCCUCAACAUUCCCAGCUACGCCGGAGGGACCAACUUCUGGGGAGGGACCAAGGAAGACGACACAUUCGCCGCCCCGUCCUUCGAUGACAAGAUCCUGGAGGUGGUGGCCGUGUUCGGCAGCAUGCAAAUGGCAGUGUCCCGAGUCAUUAAGCUGCAGCAUCACCGAAUCGCACAGUGCCGCACAGUGAAGAUCUCCAUCCUGGGCGAGGAGGGCGUCCCGGUGCAGGUGGACGGUGAGGCCUGGAUCCAGCCCCCGGGCUACAUCCGGAUUGUCCACAAGAACCGGGCACAGACGCUCACCAGGGACAGGGCUUUUGAGAGCACCCUGAAGUCCUGGGAAGACAAGCAGAAGUGUGAGCUGCCACGGCCCCACUCUUUCUCACUGCACCCCGAGGUCCUGUCUGAGGAGGACUCCACCCGGAUGAGUCAGUUCGGUCAAGCGGCAGGGGCCCUCAUCCACAGCAUCCGGGAGAUCGCGCAGUCCUACCGGGACAUGGAGCAGGAGCUCGCCCACGCCGUCAACGCCAGCUCCAAGGCCAUGGACCGUGUUUACGGCAAGCCUCGCGCCACAGAGGGGCUGAACUGCAGCUUCAUUCUGGACAUGGUGAGCAACGUGAGGGCCCUGCGGAGCGAGACGGAGCUGCUGCUGGCCGGCAAGGUGGCCCUGCAGUUGGAACCCCCACAGAAGGAGCGGCUGGCAGCGGCCCUGGCCGAGAUGGACCUGCAGCUCGGGAAGCUGGCAGACACGCCCUGGCUGUGCCCGUCCCCGGAGCCCGGGGAGGAUGAGGGUGUGAUGCUGGAUCUUUCCAAACGCAGCCGCAGCGGCAAGUUCCGCCUGGUGACCAAGUUCAAGAAGGAGAAGAACAACAAGAACAAAGCCGCCCGUUGCAGCCUGGGAGCCCCGGUGCACCUCUGGGGGACAGAGGAGGUGGCUGCCUGGCUGGAGCACCUCAGUCUCUCUGAGUAUAAGGACAUCUUCACACGCCAUGACAUCCGGGGCUCUGAGCUCCUGCACCUGGAGCGGAGGGACCUCAAGGACCUGGGCGUCACCAAGGUGGGCCACAUGAAGCGGAUCCUCUGCGGCAUCAGGGAGCUCGGCCGGGCCGCCGAGGCCUAG